AUGUUUCCAGAACACCGUUUACAAUUAGAUCGGAUCCAUCUGACCGAAAAUCCCGUAGAUGAUUACCAGCGCACCUGGCUCGCUACGGACGAACGACAGCCACCGCACGUGACGCGGUCUCGGUACCGCACAUGUGCGGUGCAGGGGUUUCACGAUGUGUUGACACCUCAACAACAAGAAAUGCUGCCGAUGUCGACGUCAGCUCCGUCGUCGCUAGUGCCCUCGUCGCCUCAGACGCGCUCGGGUCUCGAUUGUUCCGAAUAUCUAUUCCCAGACGUGCUAUCGCAAGUGGCUUUGCCACAAACGCCGUCCACCCAGCCACCACAAGUGCAGCCGCAGCAGCAUCAGCGCGGAACGGCCGGCAGCAGCAGCAGCAGCAGCGGCGGCGAUUUGAACUCACUCACCAAAAAUCAGCAAUUCCGUCUGCGACAGAUCCAAUAUUCAGACCAGCAUGUAUCGCGUGCGAUCAAUCCAAAUAACUGCGUUUUGUGGGAUCAUCACACGGGAUACGUCUUUUUCACGGGAAUCUGGCGUCUGUACCAGGAUGUGAUGCACGCUCUGGUGUCGCUGGACCGACCUGAUGGGCCCGAUGCAUCCGACGGACUUGACCGCAAAGCUCACUGUAAACUCGAACUCGACUAUGUGCUAUUCAAAUGUUUGUACGAGCAGCCGCAGCCCGUUGACUCCGAAAACCAUUUUUCUAGGCGCAAGCAAUCCUCGAAGCGCGGAAGCCGUCGUACCAGUGUCCCCAACACAAGUAGCACAACAACAACAACAACAACAACAACUGCACCAUCAACAGCAAUGGGCGUAGCAUCUGCGGCAGCAGCCGCGGCUACGGCGGCAUCACCACAUUACUCUGAUAUCCACUGGCACAAUUUAGACCCGCAACUAAAACAAGACCUGUGUCGUAUUUAUCGCGAAAACUACCAUCCCACCCGCGAUUUUGAAUUCCACGACCUCAUGAAACGUAUUCGUGGUGGCUACAUCAAAAUCCAGGGUACAUGGUUACCUUUUGAACUUGCCAAAGCCAUUUCUGUCCGGUUUUGUUUCCCAAUUCGAUACCUGUUGGUGCCCAUUUUUGGGCCUGAUUUUCCUCGCGAAUGUGAAAAUUGGUAUCAGACAUUUGUAGGUUUGUUUCCACCAAAGGCAAACAAUGAGGUAUCUCCCACAUCCACAGCCUCUGUUGGUCCUGUCAAGCGUACACGCGAUCGGCCCAAGAAAUUAGACUUUUCCAAUGUGCCCUCAUUCAAGAAAAACCGUGUCGAUGCUGAGCUACUUGACGCAUCUCAAAACUUGCUGAAGCUUUCACGCAAUAACAUGAGCCCACAGACCACAAACUCGGCAGUACCAGUGCCCCCAGUGUCCCGAAACAGAGCUUCAUCUUGGAGCCCCGGAUUCAAUACGACACAACAGCACAUGCAGUCAAACCAUUUGCAGAUGUUACCUCCGAUCAAACCCUUAUUGGACUCGUUGGAGCGAAAUUAUCCUUCUCCACCAAACUCGGCUACUUUCAAUACCAACAAGACCAGUCCCAGCAGCACUGAAUAUUUUUCCUCCCCACUUGGUAGCGAAACUCGUUAUUUCAGUCCUCCUGUGUCUCCUGGUUACAGCUCGUUGACCACAGGACCUAGGUUCAAUGGUUUGGGUAUCAUCAAUGAUUCGGAUUUCAACUUUGUGGCUACUCCUUCUUCGUCUUUGGCAAUCAGAAGACAAGCACCAAAACCGAUGGCUGCUCCUCAGCGUCCUUCGAUGGAAAACACCCGCACUGGACAGUCCACCCUCAGCAACAUUGCCCAUUUCUACAAUUCCCACGGACACAAAUAUACCUAUCCCGGUGGCAUGCAGGUCAUGUACCAUCCACAAAAUUUCCAAAUCUCACAAGAACAGCAGCCACAUCAUUUGCACAAACCGCAACCUUCUGGUAAGGACGAUUUCUCCGUUGGUGUGUAA